AAAUGGCUUCUUCUUCAUUCCCUGAUAUAUGGGUUUGGAUACAAAACCUACCACCACCAACACAGUGGCAAACAAACACCAAAUCCAUAAGCAUUUGCUCUUCAUUGUCUUCAUCUCAACCAUCUCUGCAACUCUCCAUCUCCAAAACCCUAAAUCACCCUUCUUCAAUGAUCUCCUUCUCCAUUCUUGCAGAUUACAACUACCCCGUCUCCCUUUGGACCUCUAAACCACUCAAAACCUCCAUGAACAAUAUCUUGCACCAUGAAAACACCAUCUCCAAGCUCUUGACCAAUAUCAUUAAAGAUAUCCUUAACUACACUCCUAUAAAACCCAGCAAUUCUUUCCUUAAACUCCCUGAACCAAACUCCAUUCCUGACCUUAAACACAUCUUCAACUUCUUGUUCCUUGCCCUCACUUUCAUCAUAUCCAUCUAUGAAGCUCCUCAAGAUAUCAGGUGUGAUUGUAUUAAUAACCUUAAGGAUCAAUUCUCGUGUUCAUGGGCACGAGAAACGUCAAAAAGGUUGAUGCUGUUAAUGGGGUCGAACACGGAAGAACAGUGGAUGAGAUCCAUGAAUCUUGCCAUCACAAACUGGAUGAUGGAGCUACGAACGACGAAUUACGUGCUGAAAGCGCCAUCGCCGAUGUAUUCAUCGGCAACUUCGACAUUAGGGUUAUGGAAAGUUCAGUUGUACUGUCCAGUGAUUGCGAUGCAGAUCGAGAAGUGUAAUAGUCCUGGGCUAGAAGAUCCGAAGCUUGAGUUUUCGUUGAAUUAUCAUCAGGUUGAAGGGGUGAUCCAGUUGAAUUACCAUGUGAUGGUUCGAGAGAAAUGGAUUGAUGUUUUGGUUAGCAUCGAUAAUGUGAGGUGUGAUGUUAUACGACUCGUGAACAACAUUCUCAUGAAAGAACGAGGCGCAGGAAUCGAUGAAAAACACUUCCCAUCACGCAUAUCUCUCCAACUCACUCCCACAGUCCAAACCAACGUCAUAAGCGUUUCCGUAAGCAGAUCCUCCGAAAACCCUACCCGAGAAAUCGGCCUCGAAAGAUCCAUCGAAGGCUCAUUCGAACCACCAAAUCCUCACAUCGGUCUAUCCGUUUCCGCCGGUGAAACCGUCACCACGAAUCUCAAGCCAUGGAAAUUCGAACAAUCGGUCUACGGCUACAGCGGCACUUUCAAUUGGUUCCUUCACGACAGCGUUAAUGGCCGAGAAGUUGUUACAUCGAAGCCUUCAAAGAUGGCGUUGCUUCAGCCAAAAGCUUGGUUCAGAAACCGGUAUUCGAGCGCUUACCGGCCGUUUACGAGGCAAGGAGGGGUUAUUUUCGCCGGCGAUGAGUACGGAGAAAGCGUGUUGUGGAAGGUGGGAAGAGGUGCGAUUGGACAAACAAUGGAGUGGGAAGUGAAAGGCUGCAUCUGGUUGACUUAUUGGCCUCAUAAAUACAAGACCUUUUACACAGAAACCAGAAGGUUGGAAUUCAGGGAGGUUCUUCGUCUUAUCGUUGCUUGAAUUUG